AUGAAAGCACUGAUUAAAGAAGAAGCUGACAAUGAAGCAGAUAAAUCAUAUACACUCGAAGAACUACGGGAAGAAACACUUGUACUUCUGUUGGCCGGUACUGAUACCUCAGCUGUUGGGAUUUGCACCACAAUUUUAAUGUUGUCACAACAUACUGAUGUACAAGAAAGAGUUUACAAAGAAAUACAAGAAGUAAUUGGUGAUUCAGAUAAGCCUUUACAAUUGAAAGAUUUGAAUGAAUUAAAGUAUUUGAAAGCCGUUAUAAAUGAAACAUUAAGACUUUAUCCACCAGUUCCUUUUAUUCUUCGAUAUUGUAAAGAUGAUCUAAAACUUCCUACUAGUUUAAUUUUACCCGAAGGUAGUAAUGUAAUUAUUAGUAUCUGGGGAAUACAUCGUAAUUUUGAGCACUGGGGUGAAGAUGCGAAUGACUUCAAUCCAGAUCGCUUUAUGUCUGGAAAAAUACCAAAUGCAUUUAUGCCAUUCAGUAAUGGCCCACGGAACUGUAUUGGUUCUCAAUAUGCGAUGCUGUCAAUAACUACAACCUUGGCGACACUCCUGCGACAAUACCGCUUCACUCCAGCUACAAAUUUCACAUACGACAAAAAUAAUCCACUUCGACUUUCCUUUGACCUUAUGAUGAAGCAUGUUGAUGGUUUUUCAGUUCAAGUAGAAAGUCGCGGAUAA